CAUCUCUAUUGUCUUCACUUCACUCAAUGAUUAAAUUUUGGGCAGCAGCCCGCAGUGUAACGGAAGAACUGUUAGAACGUUGACGGGAAAACGGAUAUCGCUGUAAAUUGAAAGGCCGCGAGAUGAGAACUUAAAUUGAAUUCGACCAGUUGAUUUGAUUCGUGAUUUAUCUGCUUAGUGUAUCCAUACAUCCAGUUGCCAUGGAAUCGGAAUUGAAUAAUGGACAUUAUUUCGGUGCUGUCGAUUAUGGAGUGUUUGGAUUUAUGUUGUUCGUGUCCGCUUCCAUUGGAAUAUAUUUUGGUUUUUUCGAUAAAAGGGAACAGACAACGGAAGAGUAUUUGUUGGGUGGAAGACAGAUGAAAACUAUUCCUAUUGCCAUAUCGUUAAUUGCAAGCCAACUCAGUGCAAUAUCGAUAAUGACACUACCGGCAGAAAUUUAUUCUUUUGGAUCGUCAGUUACACUUAUCGUCUUAGUUCAAGUAGUCGUGAUGUUGAUCAUCAAUUUUAUAUUUAUCCCAAUAUUCUACAACAAUAACAUAGAUAAUUGCAAUGCCUACUUGGAGAUGCGAUUCAGUAAGAGUGUUCGAACAAUUGUCACUAUAUCAUAUAUCCUGACAUCGCUGUUGAUGCUGCCGAUUGGUUCAUUUAUUCCAUCGAUUGCUUUUUCUGCAGUUACCGGCGGAAAUAUUCAUGUCAUCAAUGCCAGUGUCAGUGCCGUUUGCGUUUUUUACACAAUGCUGGGAGGCAUUAAGGCCGUGGUGUGGACAGACGUAAUUCAAGCUGGUGUUAUGUUGUUUUCCCUAAUUUUCAUUCUGAUUAUGUCAGUGACAAAGGUCGGUGAUGUCGCUGAGGUGUUGGACCGAGCGAUUGAGGGCAAUCGCUUACAUAUGUACAAGACUGACUUUGAUCUGACUACACGACAAACUCUGUGGAAUUGCGUUUUGGGUUUCAUUGUAAUGUGGGGUGGAUAUGUUGGACUCAAUCAGAGUUGCGUUCAGCGAAUUGUAGCGCUGCCAUCAUUACAUCAUGCAAGACGAUCGUUGUACUUAUUUACAAUCGGCGUAAUGGCGAUAUUGGGUAUUAAUUUGUUCAUCGGGGUCACCAUGUUUGCACAUUACCAUGAUUGUGACCCUGUAAAGGCCGGGAUUGUCGAAAAGUAUGACAAAAUGGUACCACACUUUGUCCAAGAUAUUGUCGGCCAUAUUAAGGGGAUGCCCGGAAUAUUCAUUUCUUGUGUUUUCAGUGCAUCACUAAGCUCGAUAUCAGCAACGUUGAAUUCAAUGGCUGGAAUAAUUUAUUCCGAUUACAUUAAACCGUUGCGAUUGUUCAAGCACAGUGACUCUACAGCUAAUCUAACAAUGAAAUUCACUAUUGUCGUUCUCGGAAUAUUUUGUGUCUUAGCAGGAUUUGUUGUCGAGCAGGUGGAAUCCAUUUUUCAAGUAAUCAACACCAUAGUGGGCAUGACCUGUGGAGCCGUUUUCGGGGUUUUUUGUUUGGGAAUGUUAUAUCCGAGGGCCAAUUCUAAGGCCGCCCUCUGGUCGACUAUAAUUAGCAUGGCUUGCCUUUGUUGGAUCAUUACGGGAUCUCAAGUAUUGGUAAGCAGUGGAGAACUUAGCUACACACCAUUGGAAACACGGAUCGAUGGAUGUGAUGCCAGAAACAUUUCCGUUAUUUUCAAAAAUCAAUCCACUGUCGACAUUGCCGAUGAACACACGAGCGAGGCAGCAACAGUCCUUGAAAAUUUACUACCCAAAAAUGAAGACAAACCAUUUUCCAUUUAUCGCAUCAGUUUUCCAUGGUACCCAUUCAUUGGUGCGUUUAUAGUGUGGAUCGUUGGCAUUCCUCUGAGUCAUGUCAUCGGUUCUGCGGAUGAUUUAGAUCAAUUGAAUCCGGAUCUGAUUGCGCCGUUGUCAAGAUUGCUAAUACCGAAACGACUGUUGCAUGUUGAACUGCCAUUGAGUACUGUUCAGUUUAACGAUGUUAAUGCCAACGAAAAAGACCCGAAAGGUUCAAAAUUGUUGAAUGGAAAUAAUGAAUGGACAUGGUCACCUGCUGGUCAGGAGGACGAAAAGCAGUGAUCGAAGUUGAGUGUUUCGUUGAAUCGGAGACAAGUGAGGUAAACUUUUUAUUUGAGAGAGUGUACAAACGUGUAAUAUGUGACGAAAUAAAAGACAAUUUGAAGAU